CUGUCUUUAUUUCCAGGCGGUCUAUGUGCGGAGUCCGAGGAGAGGUUGCUGAAGUGGCUACUGAGUAGAGAGCGUUACAACAAGCUGAUACGACCGGCCAGUAACCGGUUUGAACCAGUUACCAUCCAACUGCAGGUCUCCCUGGCACAACUGAUCAGUGUGCAUGACAGGGAACAAAUUAUGAUCACCAAUGUCUGGCUAACACAGAAUUGGGUUGAUUACAGGUUGUCAUGGGAGCCCUCAGACUUUGAUGGGAUUGACAAGCUCCGCAUUCCGUCCCGUCAUAUAUGGCUCCCAGAUAUUGUACUGUACAACAAUGCUGAUGGUAUCUAUGAGGUGACGGUCUUCACCAACGCCAUCGUCCUGUCCAACGGCACCAUCUUCUGGCUCCCACCAGCUAUCUAUAAGAGUGCCUGCAAGAUCGAGGUCAAACACUUCCCAUUCGACCAACAGAACUGCACCCUGAAGUUCCGCUCGUGGACCUAUGACCACACUGAGGUGGAUCUGGUCCUCAGGACAGGUGUGGCCAGUAUGGAUGACUUCACGCCCAGUGGAGAGUGGGACAUCUUGGCUUUACCCGGGAGACGUACUUUCUCCAGCUCAGAGCCCAUCUACGUGGAUGUGACCUACGACUUCCUGAUCAAAAGGAAUGAAUAUAUACCGUUGUUCUACACCAUAAAUCUGAUUAUCCCCUGUGUCCUCAUCACCUCUCUGGCUGUGUUGGUCUUCUACCUGCCCAGUGACUGUGGAGAGAAGAUCAGUCUGUGUGUCUCUGUACUGUUGGCCCUCACUGUGUUCCUGUUGCUGAUAUCUAAGAUCGUACCGCCAACCUCGCUGGACGUGCCCCUGAUCGGUAAAUACCUGAUGUUCACCAUGGUUCUCGUAACCUUCUCCAUCGUCACCAGUGUGUGUGUUCUGAACGUCCAUCACCGUUCCCCCAGCACACACACCAUGCCCCCCUGGGUUAAAGUUUUGUUCCUGGACUGGCUGCCUGCCCUGCUGUGCAUGAGGCACCCCCAGAACAACUCAGCCAGACAGCGUCUCCGUCAGAGGAGGCAGCAGUCGCUCCAGAAGACCAAGGAGGCUAGCCCAGGGAUGGAUAAACCUGAGUGGGUUGGACCUGACCCUGGCGUGGCCUCCUCUCCUUCCUCUUCGCCAUUCCUCCUAUCUCCUGGGUCCUACUACCUCAGAAAAAGGAGUGUGAGGACACAAGAGGGGUUCCUGCCCACGGAGCAACUGUCUGGUCGCCCGUGGUGUGGCAGCUCCAGCUCUGACAUCAGUCACAGUCCUGACCUACAGGAAGCUGUGGACGGGGUGCGAUACGUCGCUGACUACAUGAUUAGAGACGACGACAACAAGACUGUGAUUGAGGACUGGAAGUACGUGGCGAUGGUAUUGGAUCGUCUGUUCCUGUGGAUCUUUGCAGUAGGCUGUAUAGCCGGUACUCUUGGGAUCUUCCUCCAACCUUUCUUCCAGCAUCAGACCAUUCCCAACCGGAAUCUCAGCAGCCCCACCUCACCAAGGGACGUCAUCUUGAAGGAUUCCGUUGUUUAAAACUAUAUAUAUUAUCCAUGUAAAACAAAUAAUGUCUAGCUUUAAAAGCGGACCACACCACAUGAAAUGAUCUGAAGGACUUUACUGUCAACUGGCUAAUGCCGCUACUAUUCUUAGCUACAAUUUAUUACAAUAAUGAUGAAACAAAUGAUCCGGAGGUGUUUGUGUUAGAUAGAGCAGUGUCUGACUGCUGUCGGCUGAGGAAGAUGCUUUGAAUUGACCGUGUUCGGUAAAGAGAUGUUUUGUGAUGAUGGAUAGACUUUAAUUAACAACAUGGUUAACAUUAUGCAUGUCCCCUAAACUAGAAAUGAACAUCAUGGUAACAUUAUGCAUGUCCCCUAAACUAGAAAUGAACAUCAUGGUAACAUCAUGCAUGUCCCCUAAACUAGAAAUGAACAUCAUGGUAACAUCAUGCAUGUCCCCUAAACUAGAAAUGAUCAACAUGGUAACAUCAUGCAUGUCCCCUAAACUAGAAAUGAACAACAUGGUAACAUCAUGCAUGUCCCCUAAACUGAAUGUCACAAACUGAGAAAAUAUAUGAAGUGUGCUGCCACCCUCUGCCAAUGUUAUGAAUUUAAAGUGAUGUCGUAAAGUAGGCUACUCAACAA